AUGAGUUUCUUCAGAAUAUUGACCACUGGUUUUACCCGACGAACUUCGAUUUCCAGGACACAGCAAUCGAAUGUCGAGAGCCAUCGCAACUCCUGCAAUCAUGAUACAAUCCGUGUUCCCAUUGAGGUGGUUCUCUCCGACAAGUGUAACAAGUCCCUGGCUUUCACUUUAGAGGAACGCCAGCGACUGUGCAUCCAUGGUCUCAUGCCGGCCUGCGUUCGUUCCUACGAAGAACAAAUGUUGGCCAUCGAGUCGAACUUCCAUUCGUUCGAAACGAAUGUGGCGAGAUAUCGCUACUUGAGGGCCCUGCGUCAGGGCUACGAGAGGCUGUACUUCCAGUUCGUGUCCAAGAACGUUCAGAUCGUGCUGCCCAUUAUAUACACGCCCACUGUAGGCGUGGCCUGCACCAUUUACGGGAUGCUGUACCGCGGGAUAACCGGCAUACAUAUCACCAAGCACGAUCGCGGGCAUAUAAAGCAGGUCCUGGGAAAUUGGCCCGAGCAGAGCCAGGUGAAAGCCAUCUGUGUGACGGAUGGCGAACGCAUCCUGGGAUUGGGCGACCUGGGGGCCAAUGGCAUGGGCAUUUCGGUGGGGAAAAUGGAACUCUACACUGCGCUCGCAGGAAUUCCACCCAGUUUGCUGUUGCCCAUUUGCCUGGAUGUGGGCACAAACAACAAGAUGCUCCACGAGGAUCCUUUGUACAUUGGUCUACGCGAUAAGCGAAUGAAGGGCGAUGAGUAUGUGUCCUUUGUGGACGAGUUCAUGGAGUCGGUGGUGGAGACCUUCGGCCGGGAGACGCUCAUCCACUUCGAGGACUUUGCCACGCCCAAUGCCUUCAUGUUUCUGAAUCGGUAUCGCGAUUGCUAUUGCCACUUCAACGACGACAUCCAGGGAACGGCCUCUGUGGGCCUCGGCGGAUUGCUGGGCAUCCAGCGGAUAACCAAGAAGCCGCUGGAGGAGCACAUCAUCCUGUUCGCCGGCGCAGGAAGCGCUGUCAUGGGAAUCGCCUAUCUGCUGAAGACGGAACUGAUGGCCCGGGGAUUCACCGAGGAGGAGGCCGCCAGGAACAUUUAUAUAUACGAUCAAGGCGGUGCGCUGACCACAGGGAGAAGAGAUAUACCGGAGAACCUCGUUGUAUUCGCCAAGGAUAUGAAGAAAAUUAAGAAGCUGGAGAAGCUGGUGGAGAAGGUCAAGCCCUCGAUUAUAAUGGGUGCCACCUCGGCCCCAGGACUCUUCUCGGAGAAGAUAAUACGAACCAUGGCCGAGAGUCACGAGCGUCCCGGCAUCUUUGCCUUCUCCAAUCCGACCAAUAAAUCCGAGUGCACUGCCGAACAAGCCUACCAAUUCUCGGAUGGAAAGGCCAUAUUCUCGGCUGGUUCUCCCUUUCCGCCCGUGGAGUUCAACGGCAAGCGGCUCACUCCCGGCCAGGCCAACAACUGCUUCGCCUUUCCCGGCCUGGUUUUGGGCACAAUGACAGUUUUGGCCGACAGAAUGCCAGACGAAAUCUUCCUUUUGGCCGCCCACGAGCUGUCGAAAUUCCCCACGGACGAGGAUUUGGCAGGAGGUCGUGUCUAUCCGCUGGUAAAGCAGGCCAAUGAAGUGGCCUUGAAAAUAGGAGUUAAGGUGGCCCAGUAUCUGAUAGAGAACGGUUUCGCCAAACGACCUCUAGAGUCUGCUGAAGUACAGGAGUACAUCUCAAAGAAUUCCUAUCAGCUGGAAUAUGGAAGUGCUCUGGCCGAGACUUGGAAAUACCCAGAGAUGAAACCGCAUCCCAGUACGGCGCCCUUUGAAAAGAAGCUUAAGGGGAAAAAGUAGGC